AUGGUGCACAUCAAGGGGUCCAAGUGCAAUAUUGUCAACUUCCUGGAAAAUAUCAUUGGCCACCCCUACACAAUCAUCAACCCCGUCUUCGGCCAAGGUGUCUCGGAGCUCGUCGGGCUCAAUGUAACCAUCCCCGUUUUUGUCGAAACUGGAAAAUGCCUUGUGGAGAUGUUCAUCAUUGGCCAUCUUCUGCAGAUGUUCAAUCGGGGAGUUGUCUUGCAUUCCACCGCAAGUUUCCAAAUAUUUACCAUCUCAACUGACCAAACAUCAAAUCACCCCACAACAAACCAUUUCCAGUACAAUACCUGGCUUGAAGAAGAUGGACAGGCCGAAAUCAAUUGCUUUGAGAGGCGAAUUCUCUUUCUUGUUCGCAAACAGAAAGUUCUCCGGCUUCAAGUCCCGAUGAAUCACCCCUUGCUUGUGGCAAAGCUGCACCACCUCCACAAUCGUCCUCAUCACACCCGCCGCCGCCCGCUCCGUGUAGUGACCCCUGGCCACGAUCCUAUCGAACAGCUCCCCACCCUCACACAGCUCCAUCACCAAAUGCACCGCGUUCUCGUCCUCACAGGCCUCCCUGAAACUCACGAUGCUCGAAUUAGUGGGCAAGUGCUUCAUUAUAGUUACCUCCCGCCGCACGUCCUCCACAUCCACCGCCGUCCGCAGCUUCCGCUUGGAUAUGGACUUGCAGGCCAGCAGCUCUUUCGUCUCCCGAUCAAUGCACAGGUGACCCCGAACUCGCCGCGGCCGAGCUCGCGGUCGAUUAAGUACCGGUCCUCGAUAUUCUCCUUCUUCAAAUCCGACGGUGAUUGCUUUAUUCACAUUGCCGGAGGACUUCUCCUUCCGGCCGUGGUCGUGGCCGGAGUAGUUGGAGGACUUGACGUCUUCUCGCGCUACGGCCGCCGGAGAUCUGCAGCAGUUCCCCAUUCGAAAACCAGAUUUGAAAGUGAGAGCUCCAACUAA